AUGGUGGCUCUGCCUCCGACAAGGAUAGCCUUAAGUCCUCUUUUUCCUUGGGUGAUCUGGUCACUAUGGUAUACACGAAACCAGAAAAUCUUCGAAAACAGAAUGCACUCAGAGCAAGAUACGGUGUCUAAAGCACUGAGAGAAGCCCGAGAAUGGCAGUCUACGCAGAUUGGUGCAAAAUGUGAACAAGACCCCCGUCUCUCUACAAACUUAGUUUGUGCCCUCCGGGAUGAUACAUUUGUGAUUCACACGGACGGUGCGUGGAAAGAAGAGACGCUAUUAGCAGGAUUGGGUUGA